AUGCUUUAGGAAAGAUUAAGAAACUUCAAAGAGCUCCAAGCUAAAUUUCAAAAGCUUGAUGUGUCAUCCCUUCCAGGACCUAUUAAAUCCCUAGCAGGUGUUUCUCCUAAGGGUGACAUUGGAAGCACACAGUCAACGAUUUGGGCCAAUGGGAAACCCUUCUCAUCCAACCAUAAUCAGCCCCCACCAUAUUGUUCCAAUGGUGAACCCCAGUCUCUUGAACCCGAAAAAAUGAAGUCAGCACCAAGGAGUGAUAUUCAGAAAUGUUCUAAUUCCCUGGGACCUCCAGGAAGGUCUACUCAUUCUGCAGAAAAUUCACAGAAGGCUUCUCUGCCUUUACAUGUGAAUCAGUCAAAUGCUAAGGUAACUGAUAAGAAGAAAGAGGUGGCCAGUACCUUCAGAGACAAGCUCCAGAACUGGGAGAAGGUUUCAUCUCAGAAAAGUGACAUGUCAUCAGCCCUUCGCCUCGCCAGUUGUGGAAGUGGGGCUCUCCAUCCGGAAGAUCAGAAAAGCACGGGGCUCACUACUCCAGAGGAGCCCAGGAAACAGCUGGAAAUAAAAGGCUCCCAGACUCUUCCUUCCCAGAGGCACUUGAUGGCCCAAAGAAAAUCACAUGUCACCUCAGAAGAUCCCACAUUUCUCCUCUCUCAACAUGGAAAGAAGAGCCUAGAAAAGGCCAAUCCUGAGAGGAGCCCAGCGGGGAGCACCUGCCAGCCUAUCUAUGAGAGUGAGCUUGCCAGCCAGGCCCCAGAAAAAGACCCAGAUGUCAAGCAUCACCAGCUUCCCAAAACGAAACCACUGCCUUCCGUGGAGUCCCUGGGUCCUCCUCCCGUGAAGCCACCGAAGCCUCCAGGAGUGAGCCUCCAGGCCUUCCUGAGGCGGACAGCUGCAGUUCCCAAGACCCCCAGGGAAGCAGCUGUGAAGGAAGGCUACCUGCCUCCAGAGAGGAUAUGGAAUGCUGAAGUUGAAGAACCACAUAAUUAUGAGGCAAUAAUUCCAUAUCUGAGACAUUCUGGCAACUCCAUUAACCUGCGCACUGCAAAAGAAAUCGCUGGUUCAACUUAUGAAGUUGGAAUUGAAGAACUCCAAAAGCCUUGGAAGAGUUUCCUUCACCAAGAACAUAGCCCUCAAGAUGAAGAUCAAGAUAAAAAAAUAAAGGAAAAAGAGCCACAUGAAUUGGAACCUCAGAAAACAGAAAAGGAUCUACAUCCAGACCUUAUGUGCAAGGUGCGUUCCUGUGAAGAGACGUGUGGAAAAGUCCCAGUGAUGAAAGUUCAGAGACAUAUGAAGAGAAUGCUGGCCAGAGAGCAUGAUGCUGUGAUUGACAGCAUCCAGACAGAGGCCUGCCCCCAGGACCCAAAGCUGGCCAGGCACUCCCAAGGCCAAUGUGGGUAUGUGGAGGCCUUGGAGGUGACUAAAGAAGCACCAGGCCAAGGGGCCUUUAGGCCACAAUCCAUCUCAGAAGAGACCUACGAUGAUGUUGAGUGCCCUGGGAGGAAGGAAUCAAAGUCGGACUUCUCCAACUCAUUUGCCUCAGAUAGUGAAAAUAGUAAUGAAAUGUAUGAAGAUGUAUACAAAACAAAGAGCAACUCCACAAACAUAGAUUUGGAUGGCAAAACACUUAAGAGACUACAGAGAUUCUUCAAGAAAGAAAAGGAUAGAUUUAAGAUGAAGACAACCAAAUUGAAAGAAAAUGUAAGUGCGUUUUCCAUUUCGCUGCCGGAUUUAGAACUUAGGUCUCAGGAAGUUAUUAUGCAUGCUGACGUGACCAUCAAUGAAAAAGAGUCAAAGGAUGAAGAUAAAGUAAAAACUUGGAAGCCCAAGUUUUUUAAGCCAAAGGGGGAAAAAGAGAAGAAAGAUGCUCAAGGAUCAGAAAGUCUAUCGCCUAGAAAUUUCUUCAGAACCAAGAAGCAAAACUUAGAAAAGAGAAUGGAAAGAGAAAAACUUUUUAGAGAAAGAUUUGAGUAUGAUAAAGAGAUUACUGUCAUCAACACAGCAGUGGCGUGUUCCAGGAAUUCAAGAAAUGGGAUCUUUGAUUUGCCAAUAACCCCUGGAGAAGAACUGGACGUCAUUGAUGUCACUGAAGAAAAUCUAGUGAUAUGCCGCAAUUCUAAAGGCAAAUAUGGAUAUGUGCUAAUUGAACAUCUAGAUUUCAAGCCUCAAGGUUGUUCACCUUAGGAAGAUCCACAUCCAGUGUACCAUGCACAAGUGAGAACCAGGUCUGAGAUACUGGUCCUGCUCCCAUCAGUUUACAUGUCAAAAUGAGAUGGUG